CUCCGAUCACCAAUUAUUUUAUUUCUUUCUCUCAUUUCUCAUUUUAUUUUCUAGUUCCGCCACUGCAUAUGUACAUAUGAGAAUAGUAAGCUCUUGGUCACUAUAUAUAUGCACUCAAGUCGACAGAUAUAUACAAGUCAAUGCAAAUUAACUAUAAAUUUCUUUCUUUCCUGGAGCCACAAAGCAACACUAAUUCUUCCUCAAAAAAAGAAAACAACACUGAUUCAAAGAGAAGUGAUGGGUAUCCAUUUGCCUAAAUCGAAGCAGAUCGUAAGACGAAUUCGUCUUGCGUCUCCAGAGAUUAAUUCAAGUUGUGUUCCUAAAGGCCAUUUUGCAGUUUAUGUUGGAGAAACUGAUGAAAAGAAGAGAUAUGCUGUGCCUAUUUCAUACUUGAAGAACACUUCUUUCAAAAAAUUGCUGAGUGAUGUUGAAGAACAGUUCGGGUUUAAUCAUCCUAUGGGAGGCAUCACAAUUCCAUGCAGUGAAGAAAAUUUCUUUCAAUUAAUCACUUGUAAUUUCUAGCGAAGGAUGUAAACUAAAAGGGAGAUGUACAGUUAUAUCAGAUCAAUGACUAAGCCACAAGCUUCUUUUUAA